UGCUCACCCGCCAACAUGGCGGCGCCUGAAGACUAGGAGGACUCUGUCGCUGUCGCCGUCCCCCUCCUCCUCCUCCUCCCCGCCGCCGCCGCUCACCUUCGACGCCGCCACCGCAUCAUGCGCCAGGACAGCCGGACCAAAAACAUGUUUCUGACCCGCGCCCUGGAGAAAAUCCUCGCCGACAAGGACGUGAGGAAAGCCCAGCACUCGCAGCUCCGCAAAGCCUGCCAGGUGGCGCUGGAAGAAAUAAAAAUUGAGAUAGAAAAACAAAGAGCGGGAGACAAAGAUGUUUCUGCAUUGCCGAAAGCAAACUUCAUCGAGGCAGAUAAGUACUUUCUUCCAUUUGAGCUGGCUUGUCAAUCGAAAUCCCCCCGUAUCGUCAGCACAUCUUUGGACUGCUUGCAGAAGCUAUUAGCUUAUGGACAUAUCACGGGAAAUGCCCCCGACAGCUCAUCUGGAAAGAGGCUAAUUGAUAGGAUUAUUGAAACCAUUUGUGGAUGUUUUCAAGGAACUCAAACGGAUGAAGGUGUGCAACUGCAGAUAAUUAAGGCGUUGCUCACUGCUGUGACGUCAUCGUACAUUGCGAUCCAUGAAGGAACGAUCUUACAGACUGUCAGGACAUGCUACAAUAUUUACCUUGCCAGUAAAAAUCUUAUCAAUCAAACUACAGCAAAAGCUACUCUUACACAAAUGCUCAAUGUCAUAUUUACAAAGAUGGAGAACCAAGUGGUACAGGAGGCGAAAGACAUGGAGAAAAGCAAACAACAGCAUCAUGUCCAUCAGUCUUCUGCCACACAUAGUUUAGUUGGAUCACCGCAACUGGAUCGAAUAGAAGAAAGUUUGAGCAAAAUGAUUGCAUCUGAGGCAGUCACAGAUCAAAUAAAUACAGUGGCAGAGGAAAUUACUUGUGUUGAAACUGAAAAUGGGCCGAUGACAGCUCGUACAGAAGCCAACGAUGUGAAGACUGAUACUGCAGGCAAUGUGGAUGAAAGUCAUGAAGAGAAUGUUAAUGUAGAAGAGAUUGUGGGACAAAUAUUGGAGGAAGUGGUGGCUGCAGUGACCAAAGGAGCGGAAUUAAAAAAUGGUGAAAAUGAAACUCCAGAGACACCUUUACAAAUCCAAGUCGCUGCUGAAUGUAUCGAAAACCCGCAAGCUAAUGGCAUCCCUGAAGGAUCGCUUCAAGUGCACGAUCAUAAUUCAUUAACUGACACAAAAUGUGCCUCAGAUUGCGAUGUCCAGGAAGCUGAAGCUUUAGUAUCACCACCUACCAAUGCUAAAUUCUCCUACGUUUUGCAGAAAGAUGCCUUUUUGGUUUUCCGAUCUCUUUGUAAGCUUUCUAUGAAGCCAUUAAGUGAUGGACUUCCUGAUCCAAAGUCUCAUGAGCUGCGGUCAAAGAUAAUUUCACUACAGCUUCUUUUGUCAGUCCUUCAAAACGCUGGCCCAGUCUUCAAGACAAAUACAAUGUUCAUCACUGCAAUUAAACAGUACCUUUGCGUGGCCUUGUCCAAAAAUGGAGUCUCCAGUGUGCCGGAUGUCUUUGAACUCUCACUCGCUAUUUUCCUUACUCUCCUCUCACACUUCAAGAUUCACUUGAAGAUGCAAAUUGAGGUUUUCUUCAAAGAAAUCUUUCUGAAUAUUUUGGAGACAUCCUCAAGUACCUUUGAGCAUAAGUGGAUGGUCAUUCAGACUCUGACCAGAAUUUGUGCAGAUGCUCAAUGUGUGGUCGAUAUUUACGUCAACUAUGACUGCGAUUUAAAUGCUGCAAAUAUAUUUGAGCACCUUGUAAAUGACUUGUCAAAAAUUGCUCAGGGACGAAGUGGACAAGAGUUGGGGAUGACACCCCUGCAGGAGCUGAGUCUUAGAAAGAAAGGAUUAGAAUGUUUGGUUUCCAUCCUAAAAUGCAUGGUCGAAUGGAGUAAAGAUUUGUAUAUAAACCCAAAUUUGCAGUCCAAUCUCGGGCAAGAGAAGCCGUCCGAGCAAGACAACAUUGAAAGCAAGCGAGCAGAGGCAGCGCGAAGACGAGGGAGCAUUAAUUCCUUUGACUCCACAGUGUCGUCUGGUGUUGGGAGUGUCAGUGCUCAAACGUCAGCAGCUGAUGAUCUUGAACAAUAUGAAGUCCUAAAGCAACAGAAGGACAUAAUAGAACAAGGAAUAGAUUUAUUUAACAGGAAACCAAAGAGAGGUAUACAGUACUUGCAGGAACAAGGAAUGUUGGGCACAACAGCUGAAGACAUUGCACAGUUUCUUCUACAAGAAGAAAGAUUAGAUUCGAGCCAAGUGGGUGAGUUCGUGGGAGAGAACAACAAGUUCAACAAAGAGGUGAUGUAUGCGUACGUUGACCAGCUGGAUUUCUGCGAGAAGGACUUUGUGUCAGCGCUUCGAAUAUUUCUGGAAGGGUUCCGCCUGCCUGGGGAAGCGCAGAAAAUCGACAGGCUCAUGGAAAAAUUUGCAGCUAGAUAUUUGGAGUGCAAUCAAGGACAGACACUGUUUACAAGUGCGGAUACCGCAUAUGUUCUGGCCUACUCUAUUAUAAUGCUGACCACGGAUUUGCACAGUCGUCAGAUAAAGAACAAAAUGACCAAAGAACAAUACAUUAAGAUGAAUCGUGGGAUCCACGACAGCAAAGAUCUGCCAGGAGACUACUUGUCUUCCAUUUAUGAUGAGAUUGCAGGCAAGAAAAUUACAUUGAAAGAGACGAAAGAGUUUUCAAUGACACCAAAAUCCGUAAAACCAAGUGUAGCUACUGAGAAACAGAGAAGGCUCUUGUAUAAUCUUGAGAUGGAACAAAUGGCAAAAACUGCGAAGGUCUUGAUGGAAGCAGUAAGCCAUGCACAGGCACCAUUUACCAGCGCAACACAUCUUGAGCACGUCAGACCAAUGUUUAAAUUGGCAUGGACACCAUUAUUAGCAGCGUUCAGUGUUGGCUUACAAGACUGUGAUGAUCCAGAUGUGGCUUUUCUUUGCCUAGAAGGCAUCCGCUGUGCAAUUAGGAUAGCAUGCAUUUUUGGGAUGCAGAUUGAGAGAGAUGCCUAUGUGCAAGCUCUGGCCCGCUUUACGUUAUUGACAGCGAGUUCUGGCAUCACAGAAAUGAAGCAAAAAAACAUAGAUACCAUUAAGACUCUUAUUACUGUGGCGCACACCGAUGGAAACCACCUUGGAAAUUCCUGGCUUGAGAUUCUGAAAUGCAUUAGCCAGCUGGAGCUGGCACAGCUAAUAGGCACAGGGGUGAAAACAAAAUAUAUUUCUGGUUCUCUGCGUGCCAGAGACGGGUUCACUGGAAGCUCUGGAACUGGAGGAGAGGAAUUCUUAGGACUGAGUACCUUUGGCAGUACGGAUAAAAAGCAGAUAGCCAGCAUUCAGGAGUCUGUGGGGGAGACCAGCUCUCAGAGUGUCGUCGUUGCUGUUGACCGGAUAUUCACUGGAUCAACAAGAUUGGAUGGAAAUGCUAUUGUUGAUUUUGUGCAUUGGCUCUGUGCUGUGUCGAUGGACGAACUCGGUUCACCUCUCCAUCCAAGAAUGUUCAGCCUUCAAAAGAUAGUUGAAAUCUCAUACUAUAAUAUGGGUCGCAUCAGGCUUCAGUGGUCAAGAAUCUGGGAAGUGAUUGGAAACCAUUUUAAUAAGGUCGGAUGCAAUCCAAAUGAGGAUGUUGCUAUUUUUGCAGUUGACUCUCUGAGACAGCUGUCGAUGAAAUUUUUGGAAAAGGGAGAGCUGGCAAAUUUUCGGUUCCAGAAGGACUUUUUGCGACCUUUUGAAUACAUUAUGAAAAGGAACAGGUCACCGACGAUUAAGGACAUGGUCAUUCGGUGCAUUGCGCAGAUGGUGAAUUCACAGGCUUCAAAUAUCCGCUCGGGAUGGAAGAACAUAUUCUCGGUAUUCCAUCAAGCUGCUUCGGAUCACGAUGAACCAAUUGUGGAGCUGGCGUUCCAAACCACGGGCCACAUUAUCUCGGAUAUCUUCAAGAAACACUUUCCAGCAGCAAUUGAUUCAUUCCAAGAUGCUGUGAAAUGUUUGUCAGAGUUUGCUUGUAAUGCCGCUUUUCCUGACACCAGUAUGGAAGCUAUAAGAUUCAUUCGUCAUUGUGCCACAUAUGUGUAUGAGCGACCACAGGUGCUGAAGGAGUACACCAGUGAUGACAUGAAUGUAGUUCCUGGAGACAGAGUGUGGGUACGAGGAUGGUUUCCAAUUUUGUUUGAGCUUUCUUGUGUUAUAAAUCGGUGCAAAUUGGAUAUUCGUACAAGAGGGCUCACGGUGAUGUUUGAAAUCAUAAAAAGCUACGGUCAAACAUUUGAGAAACAUUGGUGGCAAGAUUUAUUCAGGGUUAUCUUUCGUAUAUUUGACAACAUGAAACUUCCUGAACAGCAGACUGAAAAAUCUGAAUGGAUGACAACUACCUGUAACCAUGCACUUUAUGCAAUUUGUGAUGUUUUCACACAAUUUUAUGAAAUCUUAAGUCAAAUUCUAUUGGAUGACAUAUUUUCUCAGUUACAUUGGUGUGUGCAACAAGAUAAUGAACAGCUGGCCCGAUCAGGGACAAAUUGUUUGGAAAAUAUUGUGAUACUAAAUGGUCAAAAAUUCAGUCCCUUGGUGUGGGAUAAAACAUGCGACUGCAUGCUAAAUAUCUUCAGGACAACGAUUCCCCAUGCCCUAUUAACAUGGCGGCCUGCAGGCAGAGAGGAAGAUACUUCAGAGAAGGGUUCAGAUCUGGAAGCUGACAGACAAUCUAUCUGCAGCACGGAGCGAAAUGCUUCAGAGAAAGGUCAAAGUCAAUUUAGCCAAGUAUCUACAACCAGUGAUGAGAUUUGGAAAUAUAAGCAGAAUGCGAUAUCGGAUCAGAAGCUCUUUGCCACCCUCCUCAUCAAAUGCGUUGUGCAGCUCGAAUUAAUUCAAACAAUAGACAACAUCGUAUUCUUUCCUGCAACUAGCAAAAAGGAAGAUGCUGAAACAUUGGCAGCAGUUCAGCAGAAGGAUUCGAUCAUUCCUGAGAUUCAUAUUGAUACCGAAAACCGAGGAAUGUACCGAUACAUGACCUCUCAACAGAUAUUCAAGCUUUUGGAUUGUCUGCUGGAGUCACAUUCAUUUGCAAAAUCUUUUAACUCAAAUAAUGAACAAAGGACAAUGCUUUGGAGAGCAGGAUUUAAAGGGAAAUCCAAACCUAAUCUUUUGAAGCAGGAAACCAGCAGUCUUGCGUGCUGCCUUCGCAUACUGUUCUGCAUGUACACAGAUGAAAAUCGACGGGAUUCUUGGGAUACUAUACAGAAACGACUGCUGAAUGUUUGUUGUGAAGCGCUAGCUUAUUUCAUAACCUUGACAUCUGAAAGUCAUCGUGAAGCUUGGACAAACUUAUUGCUGCUCUUCCUCACAAAGACCCUGAAAACUAGUGAUGAAAAGUUUAAGAUCCACGCGUCUGCAUACUACCCUUUUCUGUGUGAAAUUGUGCAGUUUGACCUGAUCCCUGAACUGCGGGUGGUUCUACGCAAGUUCUUUCUGCGCAUUGGCGUGGUAUUCCGAAUCUGCCAUCAGGAGGAGCAACCAAAAGAAGCUGCUGCAUAACGGAGUGGGAAUGCAUUUCCGAUUCCCCUUCCCCCCCCUCCCCUGUCAAUGGGAGGUAAUCCUGGUAGCUAAAGAAUAUGGUUCAACUUGGAGUGAAUUUCAAGCUUUAUUUAAGAGGAUUCUCAAAUUAACGGUGUUUAUCCUGUAUUUUAGAGGGUAUUUUAUGAGGCAGUUAUCCUGACUCACCAUGUAAUCUAAAGUUUGAGUUUUUAUUUUUGUUGUCUUGAAGGAAUGUCAGCAUUUUCCUUCCUCGUGUAUUUAAUAUCUGAAAAAUACCCAGCAAAACCAUUUCAGGGAUUGAAUUGUUAUAUAUUCUGAAACACUACAGUCUUAAACAAUAAAUAUUAAAGUUGAAUGUAUAGUCAGCAAACUGUACAGUGUAAACUGCAGUCAUGACAUUCGUAAGUUGACUUGUCACACUGUCAAUGCUUUUAAAUGGGUAACGUGAGUAUGUUUUUCAAUUGCAGUUGUGAAAUAAUGCUUGACACAUUGGUAUGAAUUACUUAUUGUGGGAAUUAUGGUAAUUGAUAAAAGCUAAAAGUUUCGGUGAUCCAUCAGAUCAGGAAAAAAAGUUAUCAGGUUUUUGCAUCAAUACUUGCGUUUCAGCGAAAGCAAUUCAAUUUUGUGUUGGGUGGAUGAGAAGAAUCUGAAGGCUUUGAUUUUUGUUCCUUGUGUAAUUGCAAUGGUGUUUGCAUACUCAGUUUUUCUUCCAAAUUAUAAUCGCAAUUAUCCUAGACAAUAAGACGAGCACAAUUAGAGUAAAUUACAAAGUACUGGAGUAACUCAGCAGAUCAGGCAACAUCUCUGGAGGACAUGGACUUGUGACGUUUUGGGUCUGGGGCUCUUCUUCAGAAUCUGAAAGGUCACCUGCCCACGACCUCCAGAGAUGCUGCCUGACCUGCCGAGUUAAUUCAGCACUUUGUGUUUUGCUCAGGUUUUCAGCAUCUGCUGUUCCUCGUGUCUCUGAGCACAAUUAGAAACACACCGAACACAAAAAAACCCAAUGAAGCUGAAUUUCAAAGCUAGUUUAGAGCAAGCAAAACUUUCUUUUAAAGUAAAAUAUACAGGUUAUACAAAAAUAUAAUUAAAUAGAUCAAUUACCUUGAUGUCCUCUUAACAUGAUCAAACCUCAAUUAUGGUGAAUGGCCAGAAAAAUAAAUGUCUCGCUCUAGAAUUAUAAUUUAGCUGAAUCCUCAAGGGCACAUCAUUCAUCAGAUAAAUGUAUCUUAAUGGUCAAUCUGCAGAUUUGGUAACAACUCAGUUUCACCAGAAUGAUUUGAAAUAUGGUGUUUAAAAAUGCAUCUUUCUGUUGAGGAGAAUGAGCUUUUUAUAUGAAUUAAAAUCAGUCACGUUACGUUUAGGCACUGCUGCCCGCUAGUUUAUUUAAUGGAUAGGGUUUAAUACCUAACUUUGCACAAAAAAUAUUAAUGAGCCAUUUGGGAUUAAGUAACAUGAUACUUAAUCAUAGGCAGAAUUUUGCUCAAUCGCACUAUUUGUGGCAUCUUUUUUGGUUGAUUUGCUUUAACCCUCUUGGGCUUCAUGUCAUGCAUGUAUAUUUGGAUUUACUCGGAUGAAUGAUUAUCUUAAAAUCCACAAACGUGGAACAGAGAACUACUUUAACAUGGCUGUCAAUAGGAUGCUAAUACCGUCUAAGGUUCGAGUUCAGAUCUUGGGCAGCCAAUAUUAAUUUGCAGCAUUUAGCAAAUCUGGUAGGUUUGCUGUGGGUUUGCUCCUAGUCGGCGACCAGUAUACCAUGUACCGCCAAAUGCUGUAUUGAUUCCACCAGCAGUACAGGCACUAAAUCGUGGAAAAGCAAAUCCUACAUUUUGCGACAACUCUGUUUGUGGAUUAUGCAUGGGAUAAAAUGUGGGGCGAGUGGGGGCACAAGACUCAUAAACCUGAUAUUGAUGCCAUCACGGCUUGAUGAAUGAUUGAACACGGGUAAAAUAGCAUCUUGCUUCCAAAGUUGACAAGAAAUGUAGCGAUAAUGGCUGUGGUGAAGUGAUGCACUGCAAAGCCCCGCACAGGCGAUUGGUCAAAGGUAACAAUGGGGCGUGUCUUGCUGUUGAGACUCUGGGUGGCAAAUGUUCAAAUGUCGUUGCUCAAGGCAUCAAAAAAAACAUGGUGGUUUAAUGUGGUGAGAUAAUUAACGAGAUAAUUGAAAGGAUCAUUAUGUUGUUUAGUUAACUUGCACAAUUAAUUAAAGUACACUUAAUAUAUUUCUUUGUAGGUGGAGGGGCAAUUUAUGGGAUCAUUUGGAUGAUUUAGUUUGACUUGACUUUUCGAGACUAUUGGCGUGUUUAACUUUAGGUGACCUGGGACAAAAUUCAAAAUUUUCUCAGCUGUCUUUGUUCUAAAAAAAAUGAUUUAAUUCAUGCUGGAAAACAAUUCCACAUGCCCAGUUUGUAGUUUGACCUGCAUGGUCCCAAGUCAGAGCAGUUCUCAACUAGCUUUGAGACCUUGUGCUAAAAUUUCCAGCGUGCAUUUACUCUGCAUAUGUGCUAUUGGGUUGUUUGACUUUGGCAAGUGAUGUUAAUGGAGCUACAUGUUAAAGGCUUGUCCGACUUGCGCAAUUUUUUUUCGGCGACUUGCCGGCACCCGUCAUAGUCACAGCAGGUCUCCGAAAAUUUUCAACAUGUUGAAAAUCCAGCGGCGACCAGAAAAAGGUACGACUCUUUGGGCGACCACUCACGACUAUACAGGCGUCACGUGUCGACAUGUCGCGUAAGUGGGACGGGCCCUUAAGGCAACCAACCUCCAGUUGAGAAGAAACUCUGCUAACAUUGGGAAGACUUAAUUUGGAUUCUACUCAUUCUUUCUGGCUGGUUCUGUGCUGGACAUCAUGUUGAGGUGUUUUUCUACCUGCUUUGUUGCAUUAGCAAUACCUUGGCAGUGAUGACCAAGUAGGAGACUGAUUUGGACGGAGUCAUUCAUUUAUCCCAAGUCAGAGCAGUUCUCAACUAGCUUUGAGACCUUGUGCUAAAAUUUCCAACGUGCAUUUACUCUGCAUAUGUAUAUAAAUUCCAUGCAGUGAGAUUGAUGAUGGAGAGAGAGGAUAGUAUUUAUUGAUAUGUGUGUUUGACUGCUAUUGACAAUGUGUGUUUUGUCAAGGGAUGAAGACAUCACCAAAGAUUAAACAAUGUGAGGUAAUAAAGUCACAAUCUCGCUGUCACGCAGACUGCAAUAAUGUGUUAAUUUACAUGGACACAAAAUAACUAUUUUCAUGCCUUGACCAAAUAUUUAAUUUGGCAGAUGUGUGGAAAUUGGUGGGAGCUACGAUAUCAAUUCUUCUCUGUACCUUUUUUUCAAAAUAGUGCUUUGAGACUAUUCAAAACAAAGCAAGAAUAAACAGAACGUUGUAUUUGGGGUCAAACUUGGUAGUUUACGUUGUUCAACAAUAUUCAGUGAAAGGUGUCAUAUUUUUAAUUAGCGGUAAUCUUGGUAUUUGUUUCCUUCUGAUUCCAACAUUUGGGCUAGAGUGUGCUUUGGUGGUGAGGAUAUUGAUAUGUUUAAUUAUGUUUCUUUGAAUAAUUUAUUGGGUUUUUUAUUUUCAUUUGUAAAUCUAAAGAGGGAAUAAUAGCAAAUCUAUUUAAAUACAUUUGUUGACCAGAGUUUAUUAGUUAAUUCUAAAUAUAAUUGGUGUGGAAAAUUCUUGACCACGCUGAUGCAUAAGGGAGUUCAAUGGAAGGUUAUUUAUUGGCAUAAAUGUUCUAUGUUCACAGAUAUUUAACACAGGUAAUUUCCAGCAUCGUUAGACACAAAAUGUUGGAGUAACUCAGCGCAUCAGUCGGCAUCUCUGGAGAAAAGAAACACCUGUCCUGACCCAAAAAGUCACCUGUCCUUUUCUCCACAGAUGCUGCCUGACCUGCUGAGUUACUCCAGCAUUUUGUGUCGAUCUUCGGUGUAAACCAGCACCGGCAGUUUCUUCCCACUAAUUUUCAGCAUAAGUCUGCAAGCCUUGUUUUAUGUUCUCUGCUGCUCACUUGUCAAAUACAGCUUCGUGGUUUGUGCCAUAUUUGAGUUACUGUUCUUCCUCGGUCUGCUCCAGAUCACAUUAUUUGUAAUUUAGCAACAUCAAUAGCAUUGCUGCUUUCAGUGUGAACUGUUGCUUUCAUGGAGAAAAUGCUUUAUAUUCAUGCAGCCUGGCGUCAACAAUGUGUACUGAUUUGUUGCACCAACCCUUUUUGAUCAUCACAUGUGAGAAGUUGUUUGCCAGCAAUAGCAGUUUGUGAUGUAUCCCAGUGAUCACACUGAGAUGUAGCAUUCUCUCCAUCUUGAGGCACUGCCAAUAGCUUCAUUUAAUGUGGCAGCUUCGAGGCGACUGUUGAUGCUGUUGGAGAUGCAGUGUAACUUCUGCAAGUGUACCACGCUACCUUAACUCAUAGAAACAAACUCAUUGGAGAAUCUCUGGUUGAUUUAAAAUAACUAAUUUUACUAUUUUAUGGACAGGCGAUGACUUAUCUUUCUGCUGUUAUGGCACCCAAUACACUGGCUCAGUGUACUUGCUACUUAUGUUUUGAGUUUGUAUCUGAAUUUUCUAUGCAACGGAAAGUUUGUUAAAAGUGAUUAAUGAAUGGCAGUCAGCUUAAAGGCCCACUGUUUUAACUUGCUCUAAUUAUUGCCAUGGCUCCCUUGGAUCUUGUCAGGCCAUGCAAUUUUGUAGACUGACACAAAAAGCUGGAGUAACUCAGCGGACCUGGCAGCAUCACUGGGGGAAAACCAGCAUCACUGGGUGUGACGUUUUGGGACGAGACCCUUCUUCUGACCCGAAAUGUCACCUAAUUCCUUUUCUCCAGAGAUCCUCCCUGACCCUCUGAGUUACUCUAGCUUUUUGUAUCCGUCUUCGGUUUAAACCUGCAUCUUCAGUUCCUCCCUACACAAUACAAUUUUGUAUCCGAGUGGUAUUGGUAUUUUAAAUGCAUUGCAAUUACUGCUCCGUGGUGCCCUCAAAGACAUUCGUGGUACCAGGUCACGUUAGUCAGUCUUCAUGUGUAACUUUCAAUGGUGGAAGGUGAGAGAGGGUGUCAUUCAAUGUUCAUAGACUUCCACUGUGAUCGCUGGACAGUGAUUCUCAGCGACUAUAUCUUUCUUUGCCAUCAGUCACUAUAGAUCCUUCAGCUCUGAACAUGUUCAUGAAAAUCGAACCUUGACUUAGUACCAAGCUAAUGAUGUCUUUUCAUCAGGGAAGACAAAUCUCAGGUUAUUUUCUUGGAAUUCACCUAUUGGGCAGGGAAAAAUAGCUAGCUGACUCCUUACUCUGUUGUAGAAUAAAUCUUUGUUCUCCCAUUGUUAAUUAAAUGUUGCUGUAUUUAUCUCCCAUUUGCAACUGCUGUUCAAACAAGAUUCCAUUUAUUUUCUCGUACCUUUGAUAACAAAUAAAAUAAUAAUGUAUUUUCUUUUUGCACCAGAAAUUUACUUAACGAAGACUACACCCAUGACAAAUUAGACAAUCAAACUGAAUUGUGAAAAUUAAACUGAUCUAAUUUAUCCAAUCAUAGCUCCAUUUCAAUGUAGUAACUGGGCAGUUUAUAUGCUGAAUGUUUACAUGUUUAAUUUCGAUAACAUUAUGAAGAAAAGUGAAAGUUAAUUAUUCAUAGAUUUUAUGAAUGAGAUAUAGUACUGUGAAGUGCAUUUAAGAAAACAUAAUUUAAGAGCAUUCCUUGCCACUGUGGAUGUAUAAAUAUUUUGGAAGAACAGAUUAAAUAUAUAAUAUGAAAUAACCAUGUAAAGUUUUCUAUGUCAUUCUCUGUAUAAUACAACUGAUUAUCCUAUUCCAAUCUGUUAAUAAAUCAGUGAGGUUUUACACCUA